CCGAGCGGCCCGGAGUCGGUUGGUGCAGCUGCGUCCCCGCCGCCCAGCAGUCCGAGGCUCCGGCGUCGCCGCCGCCUCCGCGGGGCCUGCGCCGGCCGCCCGCCCGCCCGCCGGGAGGGAGGCCCGGAGAGCGGGGAGAGCGGCCCGGCCGCGGGCGCCGCCGCCACCGCCGCCGCUGCCAGGGAUGAACUGCAGCUGCUGAAGCAACAGGCGGACCCUUGCAUACAGGGCGGCAAGAAAUGGAGGGAGAAACUGGAGAGACCAAUGAAGGGAGGAAAAAGCAUGUUUCCUGGGUUUGGUAGGAAAAACUUGUGUUCUGCAAACAACUGAAAAAGCUGCCAUCGGAAGCCAUUUCUUUGGCCCUCAUGGAGCAGCUGGAGCUUGCACAGUGAGGCCCUGGACGGGACGAGCUCUGCCCCGCUGAUCAGCCAGAGCGGUGGUCGCCAUGGCCAGCAAGAGGAAGUCCACCACCCCGUGCAUGAUCCCGGUGAAGGCGGUGGUGCUGCAGGAGGCCGGUGCGGAGGCCCAGCCCGCUGAGGCCUUGCCCGAGGGGCCCCAGCAGGAGCCGCCCCCCGACGUGCCCGCCGGCGGUAGCAGGGAGGUGACCCAAACGCCCAGCAGUACCGAGGGCGCCACGCUGGCCAACGGGCACCGAAGCACUUUGGAUGGCUAUUCCUAUUCCUGCAGAUACUGUGACUUCAGAUCCCAGGACAUAACCCAGUUUGUGGGACAUAUGAACUCAGAGCACACAGACUUUAACAAGGACCCAACUUUUAUAUGCACUGAAUGCAGUUUUCUGGCAAAAACUCCUGAGGGGCUCUCUCUGCACAAUGCCAAGUGUCACUCGGGGGAAGCCAGCUUUGUGUGGAAUGUGGCCAAGCCAGACAAUCAUGUGGUCGUGGAGCAGAGUGUCCCCGAGAGCACCUGCACUCCUGACAUCUCGAGUGAGCCCAGCGCUGAAGGGGCUGACGGACAGGCUGAAAUCAUCAUUACCAAAACCCCAAUCAUGAAGAUAAUGAAAGGCAAAGCUGAAGCCAAAAAAAUUCACACGCUCAAGGAGAACAUCCCCAGUCAGCCUGUCGGGGACGCAGCCUUACCAAACCCGUCGGCCGGGGAGACCGAGGCGAAGGAGGGGGACCGUUCCCUUGUCGACGGGGCGGUCCCAGUCGGUCAGCCGGCCACAAGCUCGGCAAAAGGGCCGCACGCGGCCAACGGGCCCCCGAUGGGAGCGGUGCCGGUGCUGCCGGCCGGCCUCGCCCAGUUCCUCCCCCUGCAGCAGCCGCCCCCUGGGCGCGCCCAGCACCACCACCACCAGCCGCCACCGCCCACAUCCAAGUCACUCCCCAAGGUGAUGAUCCCCCUGAGCAGCAUCCCCACCUACAACGCGGCCAUGGACUCCAACAGCUUUCUGAAGAACUCGUUCCACAAGUUCCCCUACCCAACCAAAGCCGAGCUCUGCUAUCUGACUGUGGUCACCAAGUAUCCGGAGGAGCAGCUCAAGAUCUGGUUCACGGCCCAGAGGCUGAAGCAGGGCAUCAGCUGGUCCCCUGAGGAGAUUGAGGACGCCCGGAAGAAGAUGUUCAAUACAGUCAUUCAGUCCGUGCCCCAGCCCACCAUCACCGUCCUCAACACGCCCCUGGUUGCCAACGCUGGCGGCGUCCAGCACCUCAUCCAGGCCGCCCUCCCGGGCCACGUGGUGGGGCAGCCGGAGGGCACGGCGGGCGGCCUGCUGGUCACUCAGCCGCUGAUGGCCAACGGGCUGCAGGCGCCUGGCGCGUCCCUGCCGCCGGCGGUCACGUCCGUCCCCAAGCCGCCCGCCGUGGCACCCAUCAACACGGUGUGCUCCAGCACGACGUCGGCCGUGAAGGUGGUGAACGCGGCGCAGUCGCUGCUCACGGCGUGCCCCAGCAUCACCUCCCAAGCCUUCCUCGACGCCAGCAUCUACAAAAACAAGAAGUCUCACGAGCAGCUGUCGGCUCUGAAAGGAAGCUUCUGUCGGAAUCAGUUCCCAGGCCAGAGCGAGGUGGAGCAUCUGACCAAAGUGACGGGCCUCAGUACCCGAGAGGUGCGCAAGUGGUUCAGCGACCGCAGGUACCACUGCCGGAACCUGAAGGGCUCCAGGCCCGUGUUGCCCGGCGACCAGGGCCCUGUCGUCCUUGACCCCGGGCCAGACGUGCCCUUCACCCCAGUGGCCAAGGCCCCUGAGGGGCCCUGCAUCCCGCCGGCAGCCACCCUGGCCGCCCCACCUUCCGCCAGACGGCAGGCCUGGCACCAGACCCCCGACUUCACGCCGACCAGGUACAAGGAGCGAGCCCCCGAGCAGCUCAGAGCCCUGGAGAGCAGUUUUGCACAAAACCCCCUUCCUCCCGACGAGGAGCUGGACCGCCUGCGGACUGAAACCAAGAUGACCCGGAGGGAGAUUGACAGCUGGUUCUCGGAGAGACGCAAGAAAGUGAGUGCCGAGGACACCAAGAGGGCCGAUGAGGGCGCCACUCCAGAGGAGGCGGCGGCUGCCGAGGACGAGGAUGAGGCCUGUGACCUGAGGGUCCCCGGUGGAGACGGCUCCCCAGAAGGGGCCGGCGGCCACACGCUGGCCGAGCGCAAGGUCAGCCCCAUCAAAAUCAACCUCAAGAACCUGCGAGUCACUGAAGCCAACGGCAAGGGCGAGCUCCCGGGGCUGGGCGCCUGCGAGCCCGGGGAUGGUGGGCCCGGGCCGGGGGAGCUGGCCGAGCAGCCCCCGGGCAAGGCGAGCUGCAAGAAGACGGCCCAGCAGCGGCACCUGCUGCGGCAGCUCUUCGUGCAGACGCGGUGGCCCAGCAACCAGGACUACGACUCCAUCAUGGCGCAGACGGGGCUGCCGCGGCCCGAGGUGGUGCGCUGGUUCGGGGACAGCAGGUACGCCCUGAAGAACGGCCAGCUCAAGUGGUACGAGGACUACAAGCGGGGCAACUUCCCCCCGGGGCUGCUGGUCGUCGCCCCCGGCAGCCGGGAGCUGCUGCAGGACUACUACCUGAGGCACCAGACGCUGUUGGAGCGGGACCUGCAGAGCCUGUGCGACAAGACCCACAUGAGCUCCCAGCAGGUCAAGCAGUGGUUCGCUGAGAAGAUGGGCGAGGAGACCCGCGCCGCGGCGGACACCGGCGGCGAGGACCAGGGCGCCGGCGAGCCCGCAGUGGUUCACAGAGGGACGGGUGACGCGUACUCGGAGGUGUCGGAGAACAGUGAGUCGUGGGAGCCUGGCGCCCCUGGGGCCAGCUUGGAGCCCUCUGACGCGCCAAGUCCCCAGGCUGGACUGGAGCUGGAGACAGACUGAAUUUGAACUGAUUACACUGAAGGACUGGCCAGUCUGGGAUGCCGCCUGCCACGUGAAAGGGCCCAACCCGACUCUCCGCUGCCACAUGCUGAUCCAUGCCCGCCACAGGGCACGCACGAGAGCUUCUGGAGGCCUCGCCGCCAGCCCAGGGCCCGCCGCCACCGAGCGAGCCAACGGGGAGAGCAGGGUCCUUGUCAGUUCUUCCUCCCACAGUGUAGGACCUUUCCUUUGCCUUCCAGUGGAUAAAAUAGUUCAGAUUUCAUAUUCAUAGACACGAAUCAAGUUUUUAACAUAAAUCCGCCUAUACACAUUUAAUAAAACGUCAGAUUGUAAACACUUUCAUUACAUAGAAACUUUGGUUAGCAAGCAGUACGUUGUCAUCUACAUCAUCUCUGCACAUGCCCCGUGUCUGUUCUCUGGAGAUCCCUGGGGCCAUGCGUCCCCUCGGCGGUGGGCAGGGGGCACGCACACACUCAGAGGUGCAACUGGGCACUCCUCCACGAGGGCAGGGCCUUUGAAGAGGUCUCUGCCGUCACGCCGGGCUUGCGUCACCCUGCGGGAUGACGAUCCGGGCAGAAGCGCCGGUCCCUGCAGUUUGAACAGGGACCCCGUGUGUGAUGGUGCGCGCGUCCCGGUCGUAAGUCCUUACGGCCCUUCUCCUUUCUCAAGGGCGUCGGAAGCAUGGAGCAGAACUUUUCAGUUAUCAGAUCAACUAGAGAAACAUCUGUUGUCAAGCCUGACGUACUGACCUCUGUGCCCACGGUUUUGUUUUUGUUUUUAAUCUGAAUGUGUUGAGCAGAGGGAAAUUGAGAAAAGUGGGGCUGAAAGUGGAAGGGCGCGGCCCCGGCAGGUAGCUUUGGCCGCUGUGGUUUUUAGAGCCCUUGACCCACACUUGCUUCAAGGCUGCCUUUGGUUUGGGAAGGAAGACUUGCACUCGGCCAGUAGUGAGGGUGAGAGCUGACGGGAUCCGGGGGCUCGGGAGUUCUCAGAGCUGAGGUGGGCCUGGACGUGGGGGCUCCUGGCAGGACGCCCAGAGUACUCGUGGCCCCCACGCCAAGGGCCUGGCUGGGUGCCCGACAUUGCUGGAUGGGUCCUCAUGACGAUGUGCUUCAAGCUCGGCAUUUCUGCUCCAAACUUGGAAACAAGAUCUCUGUCUACUUUAGCCUAAUCUUCCUAUCCAUUUGUUUUUGUUUUUGUUUUUUGAGAAAAUCACAGGAAAAGGUGCUUUUGAAACACUGGGAAACUUGCUUACAAAGCUGUACUACAUGGUAAAUCCUUAUUUCCCCAAGACUGGCUGCUCGGAGAGCAGCGGAUGGAGGGUGAGGCAGACAGACGUCCGGUCACAUGCGCUUCUCACCUUCUGGGGACCACCUGCUUCCCAAAGCACCAAGACCUCAGGAGCAUGCUCCUCCCGGGCCCAGGCUGGGUGAGCGGCAGGGCCUUUGGGCAAGAAAUCCUGGUGGUGGGUGAGGUGCCAUCCUUCUCCCCAGCCCCGCCCGGGAACUGAACUGGGUAGGGCACCAUGCUGGCUUGGCUCCAAGGAGAUGGUGAAGAUGGUAGUGGCACCUCUGCCUUCCGGGAGAGGGGCUUUCUUUGCAAACCAAAAGCCCUUGACCCCUGUUCUUCUAAAGUGUCUUCCUUUCCUCUCCGGGCGCUGUAGGGACCACCUCUUAGUUGUUAACAUGUGAGUACUUGGCAAGUUUUGUCCCCCACCCCCCCCACCCCGUUUGUAUCCUUUCCAUUUGAGUGCCGAGCUCUUUAGCCCCAAAGGCCUGUUUGCAGAAUUGCCAAGAGUGGUGAGUGCUUCUUCCUUCAGAGAACAGACAGCUGGGAUUUUCCCUUUAGUGUUUAUGUACCUGCAGAUUAAUUUAUAUAUACAUAUAGAUACAGGACGAAUACUCACUUUAUACUUUACUCAGAAGAUGUACAUCUGAGGUGUGCACUUGAGGAACCUAGUGGCAUGUGGGUGCUGGGGAAAGUAGCCUGUGUUGAAGGCAGCGCUGGGACCCCUGGUGCAGCUGGGGUGGCCCAGCCGGAAGCCACGAGAGAGUGUGAGAUGCCACCCUGCAGGCCUUGCUCCCAGGGUCCUGCACGUACUGGCUGGAGGGGUGUGUCUUUAGAGGGUUUUCUUGGUUAUUUAAUGUGUGUUCGUAUUUCAUUUACAACUCAAACAGCAGAGCAGAAAAUGAAUUACAUGGUAGACAAGUUGGUGCAGGACAUAGGGACCCAGCCUCGGCACCAGCCUGUCUUUGAAAGGUGGGAACGCUACCGUGCUGCCGCCUGGGCAUGGUUUCCUCACAGAUGCUUGCUCUCCCCGCGGCGGGGCCUCCCCGCGCACGACAGGACCGCCCAGGUAAGGAGCCCCGCAGGCCGGACGGCCCCUCCUCCUCCCUGUGCUCUUGGACCAGAGUGGAUAGUGGGGUUGGAGCCUCAGACCAUGAAAGGUGAAGGCGAGAGACGCCCCAUGGGACGUCGCAACAGGUGCACACGACUUUGGGCGCUCGGGGAACACCGCCAGCCCGGCUCGCGGAAAUGUGCUGGCCCGGAAUCGGAACUGCACCCCGUGCAUGGGGACGUGGCACUGCAGCUGUCGGCCCCCUGUCCUGCUGUGAGACAAAUCACUGCGGUUUUGCACACCACCUGAGGGCGUCUGUGAUGUCGCCUCCAGUAGGAAGGCAGCCUGUGGGCUGCAGGGCUGAGAAGCGGGACAGGGUUUCAUAAGGUGACGCGUCUUUCUUCUCCCUACGCACCUGGGCUUGUCAGAGCUAGUAAAAUCUUUCGGUGUUUCUUGUU